UCCGCUCCACCGGAAACUGCACACACGCGUUCGUUGACCCCCUCUCACGCGUCGCCGUGACAACUCGUUGGAGAGAGACCGCACGACCUGCCUCCCUCUGCUUCUUUCCGUCGAGGGGCCUUUUAAUCAUCAGCAGGAAUUAACAGAAGAGGAGGGCAUCCUCCAUUCGCUGGAGUUAGGAGCCCAUGGCGGCAGCCGCGACGACGCUAACAUCGUGCCGUUUCGCCCGGGACCUGUCCCUGCCUCCAAGAGCCGCGGGCGACUGCUCUCUCCACUUCCGCCCGCUCCCUGUUCGCCCCCCGUUCGGUAGGGCUUCAGCGCUGCAGCCGUGGCUGCGGCGACCGACUGCUGUCUGCUUCGUGCUGAAGGAGGUAAGUAAGGAGCAGAAGAAGAACGCGGGGUAUACUUGGAUGGAAGAUGCCAGCGAGGGCGAGGAGGAGGGGGAGAUGGAGGGAACGGAGGAGAUCCGGAUCUCGUGGAAUCGUCGCACGGAGGAGAAGGCGGCAAGGAAGCAGGAGGAGAGACGGACGUACCUGAUAGCGGCGGUGAUGUCCAGCCUCGGCAUCACAUUUAUGACCGUCGCCGCCGUCUAUUACCGUUUCUCGUGGCAAAUGGAGGGAGGAGAGAUUCCGCUGACGGAGAUGUUCGGGACGUUCGCUCUCUCUGUGGGCGCGGCGGUGGGGAUGGAGUUCUGGGCGCGGUGGGCGCACCGGGCGCUGUGGCACGCUUCGCUCUGGCACAUGCACGAGUCACACCACCGUCCGCGCGACGGCCCCUUCGAGCUCAACGACGUCUUCGCCAUCAUCAACGCCGUCCCCGCCAUCUCCCUCAUGGCCUACGGCUUCUUCAACCGCGGCCUCCUCCCCGGCCUCUGUUUCGGCGCCGGCUUGGGGAUUACGCUCUUCGGCAUGGCCUACAUGUUCGUCCACGACGGGCUGGUCCAUCGAAGGUUCCCCGUGGGACCCAUCGCCAACGUCCCCUACUUCCGCCGGGUAGCCGCCGCCCAUCAGAUCCACCACAUGGACAAAUUCGAGGGGGUGCCGUAUGGGCUGUUCCUGGGACCCAAGGAGUUGGAGGAGGUCGGAGGCACGGAGGAGUUGGAGAAGGAGAUCAGCCGGAGGAUUAAGCUCUACAACAGGUCCGACAGCAGCUGAAGCUUUCGCCUUCUCCAACAUGGAUUCACUUCGUGCACUUUAUAGUAUAGCUUUAGUCGUCACUUCCGAGGAACAGUUGAAUGGGGUGGUGAAGAAUGUAUGUGAGAAAAUGUUCAUAGCGGAGAAGAGGAGAUUCUUUUACUGUGAAAUCAGACGAUCGAGUUUUAUUUAUUUAUUCCGCUGUAAGAUUAGAUUGAAGGGAUUUCGGUACUUCGUUUA